GGAGUCCUGACCCAUAACAACAAUCUGCGGCCUGUAUUUCGACCUACCAACUAUGUUUACUCAAAUAGGUGUUUUUUCCACUUGCAUACCUUUUGGAACUUCAAGUUCUGUCAGUUUGUGAACUGUUUUUUUUCGGGGGGGGGGGUAAAUUAUUUCUUUUCUAGCGUAUGGGAGUGUCUUACUUUAUAGGCUAUGUGUGACUCCAAACUAUAAAAUAGUUCAAUACAUCUUCCAUUGUAUAGGUAUGUAGGCCUUAGAUUUUCCUCAGGCUAACUUAGAAGUGUUGAAUCCACUAACUUGCAUAAGCAUUUAAGGCUUUGAAAACACAGUUGAAAAACACAGUGUUACCAAGAAAUUUUCUAAUAUGUUCUAAUAAGGAAAGCAGUUUUAGAAAAUAUUUACACUAUCAUUUACAUUUUUUGUCCAAAGCAAGUGAGUUCAUUGUAUUUUGAUUUUUGAUUUUUUUGAAAUUUUGGAAUGAACAGCCAUAAUUUGAACUAAGAAGAACUUUAAUUUUCAGCAUAAAAACUGCUCAAAUAAAAUUGUCUAAUUUGUCUUAAUGACAAAAGGUGAAUUAUAUUUUGAUCACUGCAAGUUGUAUACUACGGAUGGGAACCAUUAAAGUUUAUAAUGUCAAAAACUUUUCUUAGACCAAAGGUAUCUUCCACAAAGGUAACAGACUGGGUAGACCCAUCAUUUGAUGAUUUUUCAGAGACUGCAGGCAUCUCUACUAUUACUGCCACAUCAUUGGGUGUGAAUAACUCAAGUCACAAAAGAAAAAAUGCGCCUUUCACAUUAGAAAAUAGCAGAUUGCCAGCUGGAAAAAGAGGAAAGCUAUCUUCCAUAGAACAGAUUUACAGUUUAGAAAAUUCAAAAGAAUAUCUGUCUGAAAAUGAACCAUGGGUGGAUAAAUAUAAACCAGAAACUCAGCAUGAACUUGCUGUGCAUAAAAAGAAAAUUGAAGAAGUUGAAACCUGGUUAAAAGCUCAAGUUUCAGAAAGGCAACCAAAACAGGGUGGAUCUAUUUUAUUAAUAACAGGUCCUCCUGGAUGUGGAAAGACAACUACUAUAAAAAUACUGUCAAAGGAACAUGGUAUUCAAGUACAAGAGUGGAUUAAUCCAGUUUUACCAGACUUCCAAAAAAAUGAUUUCAAGGAGAUGUUUAAUCCUGAAUCAAACUUCCACAUAUUUCCGUAUCAGUCUCAGAUAGCAGUUUUCAAAGAGUUUCUAUUAAGAGCAACAAAGUAUAACAAGCUACAAAUGCUUGGAGAUGAUCUGAGAACUGAUAAGAAGAUAAUUCUGGUUGAAGAUUUACCUAACCAGUUUUAUCGAGAUCCACAUAUUUUACAUGAAGUUCUAAGGAAGUAUGUGCAGAUUGGCCGAUGUCCUCUUAUAUUUAUAAUCUCUGACAGUCUCAGUGGAUAUAAUAAUCAAAGGUUAUUGUUUCCCAAAGAAAUUCAAGAAGAAUGCUCUAUCUCAAAUAUUAGUUUCAACCCCGUGGCACCAACAAUUAUGAUGAAAUUUCUUAAUCGAAUAGCGACUAUAGAAGCUAACAAGAAUGGAGGAAAAAUCAGUGUACCUGACAAAACUUCUCUAGAGUUGCUCUGUCAAGGAUGUUCUGGUGAUAUCAGAAGUGCAAUAAAUAGCCUCCAGUUUUCUUCUUCAAAAGGAGAGAACAAUUUAUGGCCAAGGAAAAAAGGAGUAUCACUAAAACCAGAGGCUGCGCUGUCAAAAUCAAAACGAAGAAAAAAACCUGAUAGGGUUUUAGAACAUCAAGAAGUCCAAGCUAUUGGUGGCAAAGAUGUUUCUCUGUUUCUCUUCAGAGCUUUGGGAAAAAUUCUGUAUUGUAAAAGAGCAUCUUUAACGGAAUUAGACUCACCUCAGUUGCCUUCUCAUUUAUCAGAGUAUGAACGAGAUACUUUACUUGUUCAACCUGAGGAAGUAGUAGAAAUGUCUCACGUGCCAGGAGAGUUAUUUAAUUUAUAUCUUCACCAAAACUACGUAGAUUUCUUCAUGGAUGUAGAUGAUCUUGUGAGAGCCAGUGAAUUUCUAAGUUUUGCAGAUAUCCUCAGUGGUGACUGGAAUACACGCUCCUUACUCAGGGAAUAUAGUACAUCUAUAGCUACAAGAGGUGUGAUACAUUCCAACAAAGCCCGAGGAUUUGCUCAUUGCCAAGUAGGCGGAUCGAGUUUUCGACCCUUGCACAAACCUCAGUGGUUUCUAAUAAAUAAAAAGUAUCGGGAAAAUUGCUUGACAGCAAAAGCACUUUUUUCUGACUUCUGCCUGCCAGCUUUAUGCCUUCAAACUCAGCUAUUGCCAUACCUUGCUAUGCUAACCAUUCCAAUGAGAAAUCAAGCUCAGAUUUCUUUUAUCCAAGAUAUUGGAAGGCUUCCUCUGAAGCGACACUUUGGAAGAUUGAAAAUGGAAGCCCUGACUGACAGGGAACAUGGAAUGUUAGGCACUGACAGUGGAGAUGAAGCCCAGCUUGAUGGAGGACAGCCUGCAGAGGAAGCUCUGGGUGAACCCACUCAAUGCUCUGAACCUGAAACCUGGUCUCUUUCUUUGAGUCAGAAUAGUGGGAGUGAACUGCCUGCCAGCCAACCUCAGCCCUUUUCAUCCCAAGGAGACAUAGAAGAAGAAGAAGACAUAAUAAUAGAAGACUAUGAGAGUGAUGGGACAUAACAGCCUGUUAAUAAGAUUGCUACUUCACAGAUUCAUUUUAGUUUUAUUCAGUAGUACUUGAACAGAGUUAAUACACUUUUCCGAAUUACAAUUUGUGAAUUCUUCACUCCUGUAGUAUUUCGUCACAAGGAACUGACUCUUACCUUGAAGUAAAUAGAAGAUUAAGCCUUCAAGUAAUCUAAUUUGUUUCUAUAGUAUUUAUUUAUCUUGUGAGUGGUUUGAGAGGAGGAAGUGUAUGAAGUGUGUUUUGAACAUUAUACCAAAUAUCAGAAAAUGUGAAGGACUAAUCCAAAAUACAGAAACUUUAUGGGGGGGUUGUAAAUAUGAAUUAUAAAACAGUUUAGGAUGCAAUUAUGAGUGUAAAUAAACGUGGUGCCUUAUUUACAGCUUAUCGUCUCUAGCUUCUCAGAUACCAUUUUUAUAUGUUGUACAGUGGCAUAUCUUAGAUACUUUUUGGAAAGUAUUUACAUAAUUUAUAUCAAAAUUAAAAUGUUGAAUUUCA